AUGGCGCUUAAAGAUGAUCCCAUCGAGCACGAGCUGUCAGGGAUGGAAAUCGCAGAGGUGUCAGUGGAGGUCUCCACCGUGGACCACACUCUGGAGAAGCUCCGCAGGAAGUACCGAAGGUGCAGACGGAAGCCUUCCAGGACGAAGGAGUUGUGGACCCGUCUGCUGAACGUCCCUCACAUCGCCCUCAUCAUCGCCGCGGUGGUGUUUGUGGUGGUGGUCAUCAUGUGGUCGCUGCUGUGGGUCUUCAUCUUUCGCAGAGAAAGCAACAGCGGAGCGUACUUUGCCGGGAUGCUGCGUGUGGCCAAUGUGGAGUUCAUCCCCGAGUACCGCCAAGCUGAGUCCCACGAGUUUGUCUCCAUGGCCAACAGAGUACAACACGUGGUGAGCAAUGUGUACAGGAUGUCUUCAGUGGCCCGGCUCUACAAACAUGCUGUGAUUUCAGACCUCAGCAACAACCACAAAGGAGGUGUGCUGGUGCAUUUCUGGCUGGUGUUUGUGGUGCCCCGUCUGAAGACUCCGGCUGUGUGUGAGGAGUGUGUCGGAGUCAUUCUCCGAGAUUCAGUGCACACCAGUGUGAAGAACAGGUCGUCGGUGGGCUACCUCCUGGGUCUGCCCGUCGACAUCGACUCCAUCCUCAUCAACGGUGGCGUGACUGUGCUGUGUCCCUCCACAGCCGUCCAGCGCUCGGAUUACACAUCCAACGCAGCAGGAUCCCAGUGUGUGGACAAGCUCUAUGCCAAUCUUCCCGGGGUGAACGUCCCUCUCAACAUCUUCUCCUCGUGGUUCGGCGUCAGCUGCCACGUCAAGCUCACCGCGCCGCCAGGUUUUCUCAUCCGACUCACGAUCACGUCGUUCCUCAUCGAGCCCAGCGACUGUGUCAACGACGCCCUGACUGCGUAUGACGCUCUGCUGCCCAUGAGAGGCCGCAUCCUCCACAGGCUGUGUGCGCCAGUGUCCAGCCCCAUGUCUCUGGUGUCCACCUCCAACGUCAUGCUGCUGCUCUUCAGAAUGACCAGCGGCAACAAGGUUUUCAGGGGACACUUUGAAGCUCUACCAGUGGAACCAUGUGCCUCUUACAUGGAGACGGGUUCUGGGCCGCACGUCUCCGGCCAGAUCUACAGCCCCUUCCACCCCAGCCUGCUGCCCCCUCAGUGCUCCUGCUCAUGGACAUUUCGUACUCCUUCGCCUGGUGUGGGAGUUGCCAUUCACUUCCAGAACUACGUGCUGAAACCAAAAGACAUGAAGGGCUGUGAGCAUGGCUGGUGGAAGGUCAACGAGGUCAUCUUCUGUGGCAGCUACAUCAGCCACCACUCCGUCUUCCGGAUCCCUGAUCACAGUCCAGAGGUGGAGUUCCGUUGCAGCGCCCGACUCUCUGACCCACCUUUCCAGGCUUCGUACAGCAGCUACAACAUCAGUCAACCCUGCCCGGAAAGCCACUUCCUGUGCUCCACGGGGCUGUGUGUGGACAAGAGCCGGCGCUGCGACGGUCUGGACGACUGCCAGGACGAGAGCGAUGAGGUCUUCUGCUCCCGGCCCAGUAAGAGCUGCAGCGGGAGCAGCCCGGUGCAUCCUCUGUUCAUCUGUAACGGAGAGUCCGACUGCAUCGACGGACUGGACGAGAUCAACUGCACUCAGGAAACAACCUGCUCAGCCAUCAGGCACCGAUGCAGCAGCGGCUCCUGCAUCCUGAAAAAGAACGCCAAGUGUGACGGCGUGGCUGACUGUCAGGAUCACAGCGAUGAGGAGGACUGUGCAUGUGGUCGCCCUGCGCCGCUGAAGAACCUGGAGUCACUCUCGGGGCCACAGCGGAUUGUGGGUGGAGCCAACUCUGUAGAAGGGGAGUGGCCAUGGCAGGUCAGCCUCCUCUUCUCCGGUCACCUGUACUGCGGUGCCUCCGUCCUCAGCUCUGACUGGCUGAUCUCAGCGGCUCACUGCUUCAGCAAGGACAGGCUGUCAGACCCGCGCCACUGGAGCGCCCACCUGGGCAUGUUGACGCAGGGCAGUGCCAAACACGUAGCCGAGAUCCAGCGGAUUGUGGUGCACCAGUAUUACAAUGCCUACACGUUUGACUACGACGUGGCGCUGCUGCGGCUGAAGAAGCCGUGGCCCUCGUCCCUCAGCCCGCUGGUGCAGCCCGUGUGUCUGCCCGGACCCUCCCAUACGGUGACGGACAGUCACAGCUGCUGGGUCACAGGGUGGGGGUACCGCUCCGAAGACGACAAGGUUCUACCCUCCACCCUGCAGAAAGCCAAGGUCUCCGUCCUGAGCCAGACCGAGUGUAAGAAGAGCUAUGGCACGGUUUCCCCUCACAUGCUGUGUGCCGGGGUGCCCUCUGGCGAAAGAGACGCCUGCAGGGGGGACUCUGGGGGACCUCUGGCCUGCCAGGCUCCUGCUGGGGGUCGCUGGUUCCUCAUCGGCAUUGUGAGCUGGGGAGCCGGCUGUGGAAGACCCAACCUGCCUGGAGUCUACACCAGGGUCAACAAGUUCACCUCUUGGAUCUCCAGCCACAUCAGCUGACGCCCGUGUCCACUGCUAGUGUGUCCUCAUGUAAUAAACCACCGAGGUGUCAGAGCUGUGUCAGCCUUUGAUCGCCACACGUGACGGUGGACAAUGGAAAAGUUAUUUGACUUGUACCACAUUUUAAUACUCCAUAUAAAAAUAGUACCUUGUUAUUUGGAGCAAUAUUUUAGUUUCCAAAUGAAUUUUGAGCGACGCAGCUAAAGUUAGCAUUGUAUGUCUGAUAUCAAUAUUUGGAAACUGAACGCUUGUUUUUGUAGUGGACUCGCAUUUAUUAACUCUUUUCUCUGCAACAACAACGUUUGUACUUCAGUAACGUUUUCUAGUUAAUUUAGUUUUUCCAAAGGGGAAGUUUGAACUGUCCCUUGCACAGAAUGGUGGAUAUUAUAAACUGUGUUUCUCGGUACGUUCACGCCAUAAAACACUGUGACGCAAUAGACGCCAGCAGAGCAACAUGACAACCUGGUCAUUAAAACAUAUGCUUGUUGCGAUACAUAAUUACAUGCUAUUACUGCAUUUCACUCAUCUAGUUCUAUUCGAUUUUACCACUUCUAUCAAUUCUCUAGCGCCCUCGUGUGUCCACUGUGGAGCAUCUCUGACUGGUUUCCACAUUAAAUCACCACUUUGAACCGACGUCCUUUGACUGACCAAC